CAUCCAGCCAAUCCGCACGCAUCUCGGCGUCUCGACCUUCCCAAACGAGCAUCAGUACAACCCAACACCCUACAUCAGAUGGUUUUCUACAAAACGUAAUGGCACCGCAUCCGGUUCGCCCUCCUUCUCUCUAGAUCGCACCACCAAUUAUCAGCCAGCAGCAUCACAUUUGCCAAAUUCAUCAUGAAGCUUACACUACCACUCGUAGUCCUCGCAUCUGCCGUCACUGCCGCCCCAGCUGACGGCGAGACCUUCCACUCCAUGCAGCAGUCAUUCAAUGAUAGCAUCGAGAAGAUUGAAUACAUUCCAUACACCGGUGGGUAAAACAACCGUCGACACCGCCAGAUCCCAUCACUCACUCUCCUAUCUAGAACACAGAAGCCAGAAGCCCGCAACCCCAUCCAGCCAGCGACGACACAUGCAAGCAGGACAAGUGACCGUUGACAUAUGCAUUUACCAAUUGCCGCCACUACGCCCAGGCAGGCAAGGACGCCGCUAUGAACGGCUCCGACGCGCUGGUCCAGCACCACUUUGGCAAGGCUUCGCCCGAGAUCCGCGCUACCCUUGCGAGCAAGUUCGACCUCAUCCUCCACAGGAGUGCAGCUCCAUCACACAGGGCAACUAUACCAUAUCGUGCUCCGACGGAGACUACUGCACCGCUAAUCCACAGACGUAUUCUACUACAGCGACUGAUGUUCGUGCAUUCGGCGUCUACUGUCCGUUGUUCUGGGCCACGACGGCGUUCCAGUUCAGCGGCGAUGCUUGCCACGGCGACCGUAAGAAGGACCAGGGCAUCACUUUUAUGGGCCACGUUGGCUUGGUGCCGGCUCCUAAGGGAGCGGGCUUGAAGACGGUGCCCAAGACGGCGUUGGAGGAUAUGAAUGCUUUCCAAGCCUAA